ACACACCCAAUUCAUGUUUGCUUCAGCGACUACGCUCAAGCUAGGGAACUAUAAAUACCAGGUACGCGCAGUCGCCAUAGAAAAAAUAUUGAUAGAUAAAGAUGGAUUUUAUAAUAUGAUUAAAAAUUAAAUUUUUUAUCUUAAUAUGAGAAAAUGUUUCUAGAUGUGCAAUUGAACUAAAGAAAACAAAUUUCAUUCAUGUUUUGUAUGAUUAUGUCAAAAAAAGAAACAGCUGCUUGAUACUCAUGGCCUCAGACUCAGAACCAGAAACCACAAUCAAAACUAAACAGCUGAUUACGUGAAAUGGCGACCUUCAUUAUUUAGCAGUUGCUAAUAAAAGUCGAGUGAAAGUUAGUCAAAUUUAGCGCAAUGCUUCGCACCCCUUUGCAUAGGGCUCUGCUGCCCUGUGUGAGGGAAGCCCUAUCCGUUUCCAGGGCUAGUGUAACCACCGCACCAGAAAAAAUAGAAGUUUUCAUAGAUGAUAAAAGAGUGAUGGUCGAGCCUGGAACUACUGUUCUUCAGGCGGCUGCACUUGUAGGAGUAGAAAUUCCCCGUUUUUGCUAUCAUGAACGUCUUGCUGUUGCUGGAAACUGUAGAAUGUGUCUGGUUGAAGUCGAAAAGUCACCAAAGCCGGUAGCAGCUUGUGCCAUGCCGGUGAUGAAGGGCUGGCGCAUCAAGACCAAUUCGGAGAUGACGAAGAAGGCGAGAGAGGGCGUGAUGGAGUUCCUGCUGGUGAAUCACCCGCUCGACUGUCCGAUCUGCGACCAGGGCGGCGAAUGCGACCUCCAGGAUCAGAGCAUGGCGUUCGGCAGCGACCGCAGUCGCUUCACCGACAUCGACUACUCUGGCAAAAGGGCUGUGGAAGACAAGGAUAUAGGUCCAUUGGUGAAGACAAUUAUGACGCGUUGCAUCCAUUGCACGAGGUGUAUACGUUUCGCGUCCGAAGUGGCCGGCAUCGACGACUUGGGAACCACUGGUCGUGGCAACGAAAUGCAGGUGGGAACUUACGUUGAGAAAAUGUUCUUAUCCGAAUUGUCGGGCAACAUAAUAGAUUUGUGCCCGGUUGGUGCUCUGACCUCGAAGCCGUACUCGUUCACGGCCCGGCCGUGGGAGACGAGGAAGACGGAGAGUGUGGACGUGCACGACGCAGUCGGAUCCAACAUUGUCGUCUCCACCAGGACCGGAGAAGUGCUCAGAAUUCUGCCCAGGGUCAAUGAGGAGGUGAACGAGGAGUGGCUGUCGGACAAGUCGCGGUUCGCGUACGACGGCCUGAAGCGGCAGCGACUCAUCUCGCCGAUGCUGAAGGUGGGGGGUCAGCUGGCAGCUGUGGACUGGGAAGACGCGCUGAUCAGCUGUGCACGCCAGCUGGUGGAGGCGGGACCACAGGCGGCCGCCAUUGUGGGCGGGCUCGUCGACGCCGAGGCACUUGUCGCCCUCAAGGACCUCUUCAACCGCCUCGGAUCCGAGCAGCUCUACACCGAGGAGGCCUUCCCCGCCACCGGCGCUGCCACCGACCUCAGGUCCACCUACAUCCUCAACAACAAGAUCACUGGUGUUGAAGAAGCCGAUUUGAUUCUGUUGGUUGGCACGAACCCACGAUUCGAGGCUCCCCUGCUGAACGCGCGAAUCCGUAAAUCAUACGUGCAUAAUGAGCUGGACAUCGCUCUCAUCGGGCCUCAACUCAAUCUCACCUAUGAUUACACUCACGUAGGUGAAGGACCUGAUGUACUGAAGCAACUGCUGUCCGAUUCACAUCCGUUUGCUAGGAAGUUGAAGGCAGCUAAGAAGCCGAUGAUCAUCCUUGGCGCUCAGCAGUUGAAGCGACCCGAUGGCGCCGCCAUUCUCGCGUCUGUGCAGCAGAUUGCGCAGAAGCUCGGCAAAACGCACGACGGGUGGAAGGUGUUGAACGUGCUGCAGCAGACAGCGUCGCAGGUGGCCGCCCUCGACCUCGGCUACAAGACCAACGCCAGGGCCAUCCUCGAGCACCCGCCCAAGGUGCUGUUCCUGCUCGGAGCCGACGAAGGCAUCAUUCAGCGCUCUGAUCUGCCCGCCAGCACUUUUGUCAUCUAUCAAGGACACCACGGUGACCAGGGAGCGUCGAUGGCGGAUGCGAUUCUGCCUGGUGCCACCUACACAGAAAAGCAGGGCACCUACGUGAACACAGAGGGCCGAGCGCAGCAGACGCUUGUCGCCGUCACACCGCCCGGCAUGGCUCGCGACGACUGGAAGAUCAUCCGCGCUCUCUCCGAGGUGAGUGGCUUCAAACUGGAUUUCGAUACCCUGGCAGAAGUGAGGCUGAGGCUGGAAGAGGUUGCUCCAAAUCUGGUGAAAUAUGAUGAAGUAGAAGAGGCCAACUUCUUCAAGGAGGCUAGUGAAUUGAACAAGGAUGCUAGUGCAAAGCUGGGCAAUGAAUCAUUUGAUGUGAAAUUGAAGAACUUGGAAGACUUCUACAUGACGAAUUCUAUCAGCAGGGCAUCAGAAACAAUGGCAAAAUGUGUACAGGCAGUCAUGAAGCAGAAGCAGUCCAAGUAUUACGAGGCGCAAUCAGCCUAGGCGCAACCAUUAAUACAUCUAUUACCAACUAAAACAUAGUUAUGAUAUUAACCAACUCUCACAUUCUGUCUCCUCUACAAUUGUGAUCGAGUUAGCAGAACUUCAAUUUGUCUGACAAAUAUCUGUUACAAUGCAAUCCAUCCUAUUGAUUGCAUUCAAAUUGUAAUUGCUCCAGCAAAUAUAAUUUAUACUCCUUAUU